UUACUUUAGAACAAAACAAUGAAGAAACAGUAAAGACAAAAAAGUCAAUAAGGGGUGGCCAAACCCCAAUGCCUUUGGUCUCUUGGCAACCAUUCUCGCCUGCACCAUCGAAUCUAUUACACCCCGUUUACUCUUUCCUUUUUCUUGUUAAUUUCUCCUUUUUAGUCUUUAAUUAUAUCUUUCCUGUAUGACGAUUAUUUUAGCAGCAUAGUCAAAUCAUAUUAAUAGCCCUCAUAAUUUUUUCUUGAUUUGGGGAUUGGUGGAUCGAUUCUCUCUUUUCCCCAUGUUACAGGUUGUGGAUUUUCAACUUUUAAGAAGUAAGAGGUAGAUGUUGAAUUGGAGAGGAGGGUGAGGUGGGGCUUCUAAAUUAUAUGGAUAAAUUAUGCUGUUUUCCUCAGCUUGCAGGAGGACGUUCUUCAUGCAGCUCUGGGAAGGGAAGAAGCCAGCAGGGACCUGUCAAAUAUGGAUUCAGUUUAAUAAAAGGAAAGGCUAAUCAUCCUAUGGAGGAUUACCAUGUCGCUAAAUUUUUGCACACGAAUGGCCGUGAGUUGGGACUAUUUGCUAUUUUUGAUGGACAUCUGGGUGAUAGUGUGCCUGCUUACUUACAGAAGCAUCUGUUUUCCAAUAUAUUAAAGGAGGACGACUUUUGGGCCGAUCCAAAUACAGCUAUCGCCAAAGCCUAUGAAAGGACCGAUCAGGCAAUUCUCUCGCAUACUCCUGACCUGGGACGAGGUGGGUCCACUGCUGUUACUGCAAUUCUUAUAAAUAGUAGACACCUGUGGGUAGCCAAUGUUGGGGAUUCACGAGCUGUCCUUUCCCAAAAGGGGCAGGCCACACAGAUGUCUGUUGAUCAUGAGCCCAACACUGAGCGGGGAAGCAUUGAGAACAGGGGUGGAUUUGUCUCGAACAUGCCAGGAGAUGUUGCAAGAGUGAAUGGCCAGUUGGCCGUUUCUCGUGCUUUUGGAGACAAAAACUUGAAAACUCACGUGCGGUCUGACCCUGACAUUACAAACGCUCAAAUUGAUGGUGAUACUGAACUUCUUAUCCUUGCUAGUGAUGGUUUGUGGAAGGUAAUGUCGAAUCAAGAGGCCAUUGAUAUUGUAAAGAAGAUCAAAGAUCCCCAGAAGGCAGCUAAACAAUUAGCAAUUGAAGCAUUGAACAGAGAGAGUAAAGAUGAUAUCUCCUGCAUUGUUGUCCGAUUCAAGGGGUAAAAUGCACAAUCUUAAUGUUUCAUGCAGCUGUUGUAUAUUAGGCGGUUACCAGAAGACAUGAUUUGGUAGGUUGCAGAAGUUUGAAAUCCCAAAGAAUCCAGUACAAAAAUCAAAUUUAUUCUGAAAGGCCGUGAAAAUGAUCUGUUUCCUUUUCUUAUAUUUAUUCUCUCUUAUUUUCCAGUCUUCUUUGUAGAAUUUCACUAUAAUUUUUUCAUAAUUCAUAGCCGGGUUGUAUUUGUAAUAAUCAAAAUAGGACAAGCUUUCUUUCUUUCAGCCAUAUAUCAAGAAGAUGGCCAUUUUGGCUUUGCUUCA